AUGACCCGAUCAACUACGCGGCGAAAGUCCCCUCAACCAUCGAAAGACGGGAAAACGCCGGAUCAGCCAUCCCCAUCUCGCGAAGGUGCGUCCACGCCGGAGAAUGCGAGCGAUGCGGACAGCAGUGGGGAGAAGCCGGUCCGGAAACAGCUGAAGGAGACAUCGAUAGAAGGACAACCCAACAUCACAGGAGAAAACAGUGACCAUGAUAUUCCCGACGCACCCGAGGACUCAACCAAAGCCGCCACCGCUGGAGAAGGAAGCACUUCGCGAGGGCGACUCCAGCGGAAGCGAAGCAUCGAAGAAGUGGAUGGGAAAGAUGCGGAUCAGACGAAGCCCGAGAAACAUGUGAGGAAGCGUUCUCGCGAUAACGAAAAGGAUGAAGGCGAGCAUGCCACCAGCAACGCAAAAACAGGUGAAGCAACGAAUGGUCGACCGUUGACACCAAGUGCUAUGGAUCUGCCGUCCUCUGAGGACGAUGCGACCAAUCCUCUGGCGAGUCCCAAAAACAAGCGUAAUCGGGAUGAAUACCUCAAAGGCCAAGCCCAGAAAGGGGAGACCGAUGCAGGGAAGGCCUCGUCCCUGAAGCCGGGCAGUGAGAAGCGAGCCGACGCAUCCACCCCCGAAGGGCGGCAGGCGAAAAGACAGCGCGAUCGCGAUGAUUCGGCGACCAUCGCGAAGGCCAAUACGGAAACAAAGGCCAUUGCUGAUGAGAAAGAAACCCAGCAACCGAAACAAAGUCCUGAGAAGAAGCUCCCAGCUUCAGGUGGUUUCGCCAACUACGCCGCCGCAUCUCCCUUCGCAACUCUGUCCCCCGAGAAGAAGCCCGCACCCAAAACAUCAUCCAGCGCAUUCGCUUCCUCUGGCUUCGGUAAACUCGCAAGCUCUGAGAGUUCCCCCUUUGGCGCGCUGGGCGGCAACACAUCCAAGUCCCCCAGCCCCUUCGGUAGCAUGAUCCCACCGUCCUCCAACACCGCUACGACCACCAGUUUCGCAACGAGCCAAGGGGACAAGUCGCCGUUCGGCGCGCUCGGUGGAGCGGGGUCCUCCAAGCUUGGAGGUUUUGGGAACAGCGGGUUCAGCAGUGGAUUCGCGUCGUUGUCCAAAGGUCCGGGGUUAAGUAGUUUUGCUGGGAGCAGCAGCACGGGAGGAAUUGUCGGGUUGAGCGCCAAGCCUGCGAAGCCGUUCGGUACGGCUGUGGACGAGGAUGAAGACGAUGAGGAUGAAGGCAGCGGGGAGGACGAGAAGGAGGAAGCCGCUCCCCCAAAGGAUACGGAUGAAGGGAAGAAAGAUAAGCGGUUCUUUGAGCGCACGGUGGAAACUGGGGAGGAGACUGAGACUACAGAAUUCACGAGCAGGGCCAAGUUGUUCGCUUUCCACAAAGACGCAAAUGGCGGAGGGGCUUGGAAAGAACGGGGAACGGGAAACCUCAAGCUCAAUACUGCCGAGGGGGAUGGCAAAUCCGAGGGCAGAAAGGCACGCCUGCUUCUAAGGGUCGACGGAACCCAUAACUUGGUGCUUAAUACCCCGAUCAUCAAGGAGCUCAAGUUCCACGGCGUCAACAGCGACAAACCGAAGGACGGACGGGUCAUUUUCUCAACCUUUGUGAAAGGCGAAAAGGGCGUUGAACCCGUGCUGAUGCAAUUACGGCUCAAGCCGCAAAAUGCGGAGGAUCUGUGGGAGCUGGUUCAGGACCUGAAGGCUCAGAUGUAA